CGGAAGUGUUCUAUCAGCAGCUGCAGCUAGCAGCGGCUAACCGACAACAGCAGCAACCUGAAGCUCCGGGCAGACAAACAGACAGACAGUGCGUCUGUGGAUGGAAGUGUGCAGCUCCGCGAUGGGACCGGAGAGAGUCUUACCAAACUCUGAGGAUGAGCUGGGAGAGGACGAGCGUCCGGUCGAUGGGGUGCUGCUGCCAGUGUGGAGCGGAGGGGAGGCGGGGGAGCAGGAGGGGGAGGAGGGGGAGGACGGAGGGGGAGAGAUGGAGCUGGAUGGAGAAGAAGAAGAGGAGGAGGAGGCUGUCAAUGGAGGGUAUUAUUAUCAGCCUCUAAACCAGGAGCCGGACGGGGUUCACGGUGGUGAGCAGCUCGGGGACGAGGGGGAGGAAGAGGCCGCCUCACACACGGAGCAAAUGCAGCAGGUGCAGCAGAGGAUAGAGGUGAUGGGUCUCCACCUUCCUGAAGCUCCGCCCCCAGAUAGCGAUGAGGAAGAGGACCCUGAGGGUGCAGCGGCCCAGCGGAGCCGAGCGUCCAUCCCUAUGGAUGCAGACCAUGUGGAGCUGGUAAAGAGGACCAUGGCAGCCAUCGCGUUGCCGUCUCUGGGCGUGCCAGCGUGGGCCAGGGAGAUCUCCGACGACCAGUGGACAGACAUGGUCCAGACCACGCUGCAGAGCCGGCAGAGCGCCGCCGCCCUACGCCUCACCCGCAGGAACAACAUCAAUGGACCCUGAAUGCACCACAACAUUCCGAAUCCCUUUAGCUUACCCGAUGGCACAGUUUUACCCAGCUCUUUUGACCAUGAACGCAUCAUCACAAUAGCCUCUACUGACCUUUGAAUCCAUCACUACAGCGUCCAUGUCCCUCAGCAGCUUCCUAAAACCUCGUCUUACCCUGAACACACCUGAAGCUCUCUGGAGACGCUGAUGGAGUGUGAACAACUGGAUGAAGGUGACUUUUUACUUGACAGUGAUCACCAGAAGGAGUCUGAACUUUGUGUCAAGAUAACCAAGUCAACCUGGCUUUAGGUAUAUUAACAAAAUAAACUUUAAAAGGAUUUUUUUUUGAAUCCCUGUUAUUGAGUCCACAGGUUUGCCCUGUUGGAGACCCUGUUUAGACAACACAUUAACAGGGAUUUAGAUCUGUCUCAGUCAUUUAGAUUCAGUGUUAUCUUAAAUACUUACCAUGGAUUCACCUCAAUGUUAACUAAAACUGUUUGAUAUCUGAUAGUUCAGCCUGAUACUGAGUAAACAAAAGUCAUAGCUUUA